UGAAUUUUCGGGACUUUGUUCCGUGAUAACAUAUUUUUGUGUAAUUUUACGGUUUUUCGCGAUAUCUAGGGGUGUUCGUAAGCAUGGCAGAUACGGAACAAAUCGAAGACGACGAGGUGCAGGAGAUACUGAAAACCGGAACCGAUCUGCGCCAGUACGCGGCCCAGAUCGAGAAGGAGUUUAAGGAGGUCGAAAAUCGCUCGAUCGAUGAUUACAUCAAGGAAAGCCAAAACAUUGCCAGUCUGCACAACCAGAUCGGCAACACCUCGAGCAUACUGGAGCGCAUGGAAUCGAUGCUGAUGGACAUUCAGGACGCACUGAACAACAUCAGCACCGAGAUUACGUCGCUGCAGAAAAAGUCUGUCUCCAUGUCGGUCCAGCUGACCAACCGGCAGUCGAUCCGGGCGCAAAUCUCACAGUUCGUCGAGGAUAUGGCGGUGCCGGAGGAGAUGAUUGCGUGCAUCAUGGAGACACCGGUCACGGAAAAGGAAUUCAUGACCCACCUGAACGAGCUUAACCACAAGCUGAAUCUGAUGAAGGAGCUAAACUUUCGCGAAUCGAAAUCCUCGCAAGACGUGAACGAUGUGUUGCAGAAACUGAAGGUAAAGGCGAUGAGCAAGCUGCGCCUCUACCUGAUGGAGCAGAUCUUCAAGUUCCGCAAACCGAUGGCCAACUAUCAGAUCCCGCAGAACGCGAUGCUAAAGUACAAGUUCUUCUUCGAGUUCAUUCUCUCGAACGAACGGGCGGUGGCGCAAGAAAUCUGCAACGAGUACGUCGAUACGAUGGGAAAAAUUUACUACAGUUACUUUAAGAGCUAUUCCACCCGGUUGGCGGCCUUAAAGUUCGAAGAAGCUGUCUCGAAGGACGAUCUGAUGGGAUUGGACGAUUCGGCGCCGAAGAGCAUUUUCUCCAAGACGAGUUCGCUGAAAAACAAAAGCACGGUCUUUUCGAUCGGCGAUCGCGGCGAGGUACUUAACCAGCAGCUGGAGGCACCGAUCAUUGUGCCACACGCGCAGCAAAAGUCACGCUACGCGUACGAAGCGUUGUUCCGAUCGGAGCAGUACGCGCUGGUCGAUAAUGCUUGCCGCGAGUAUCUGUUUGUGACGGAAUUUUUCGUCCUUCGCGGACAGCAGGCUCAGGAUCUGUUCAAUCAGAUCAUGGGGAAAACGACGGCACUGUUGAUUAAAAACUUGGAAGUUAUCGUGCAAGAUUGCUACGACACGAUCGCCCUCUUUCUCUGCAUUCAACUAUGCCUGCGCUAUCAACUUAUGUGCCACAAGCGAUGCGUUCCGGCAUUAGAUAGAUAUUGGGACAAUCUACAGGCCGUUAUAUGGCCACGGUUCGAGCAGGUGUUUCGCAUGAACAUCCAGAGCAUUCUCGACUGCGAUCCGACCAAGUUUCCCAAAGAAACGGGACCACACUAUAUAACGCGCCGCUAUGCUGAAUUCUCCGCGGCCAUCGUUGGAAUCUCGGAAAACUUUCCCAACGAACUGGUAAGUCACCUGCUCCUGGAACUGCAGGAGGAAGUGAAGUGCUUUAUGCUGCGCAUGGCGGCCAUUUUCACGUCGCGCAAAGAGCAACUGAUCUACCUGAUCAACAACUACGAUCUGGUGCUGGGUGUGUUGAUGGAGCGGACGCGCGACAACUCGAAGGAAGCGGAAGCGUUCCGGGAGCUGCUCAGCACGCGCAGUUCCGAGUAUGUGGAGGAAAUCUUGGCCCCCCAUCUGGGCGGUAUCGUGCAGUACGUGAAGGACUGUGAGCAGAUGCGUGACAAGGAGCAAACGGAGGAACUGAAGCGCCACGAGCGCCGCGCGUUGCAGUUGGUGGCCAAUUUUUCGGCCAACUGGAAGAAAUCGCUCGAAGAGCUGAACCGGGAAGUGUUCCUCUCGUUUCCAUCGCUCGUCACCGGCUCACAGUUGCUGCAACUGGCGUUGGCCCAGCUAGUGCAGUAUUACCACAAGUUUUACAAGUUGCUGACACCGAACGCACGCGCCCAGCUGGUCAAUAUUCACGUGAUAAUGAUCGAAAUCAAAAAGUAUAAGAGUAACUAUUAAGUAGCGGUUAGGUUAGCAGUAGGGUAGCUUAGGGAAUAGACACUGGUUUAGGAUUCGAAAUAUUCUCAAGC